CCCCGUCAACUUCCUCGAUUUGGCAUUCCACGUGUCCGUGAUGAGGCAAUCACUGCUGUAGACCCAAAGCUUCAGGGAAUACCCCUCGAGUAUCUUCACCACAGCUUAAAAGGGAUGGAACCUUUACUCCAACAGGGACUGGCUGCCAUUUCUUGCGAUCCAACACUCGAGGGACGCCGAGAUCUCCCCGAUGAAUUAACCCUCCUUGUUCGUCCGGACUUCAAGUCCGGUCGCCUGCCAACUCACAUAUUCGUUGCGAUGGAUAUGGACGGCAAGCGGGGAACAAUGUUUCCCUUCCAUGAUCUUGUUCUUGCUACACAUUGCGCCUCACUCCCACCCCUUCCGUAUCCCCCGGACUCAACCGCUCCUAAGACUGAGGUUCGCGCUAACAGCUCCGUCACCAUAACUCUCCCUGUUGUCCCUAUCCGACUUCCCAACCCUAGCUUGUUCAAGCCAAUAUACGAUUACCUUUACACCAAGAAUGGUGGUCGCCUGUUAAGUGUGCUGAUUCCCCUUCCCCCCUCCGCCAUGCCACGUCGUGAUAGUGCAGCGUCGUCUGGCACACCGCCUUCCUCAGAGUUUACUACCCUCGUGUCCUCGGCUCUCGCCCACACGUUCACCAUCCAAAUGCUCGUGGAACAGGCAAGGAGCAUCCAUGGUCUGUGGAAAAAUGUCGUGGCACUUGGAAUCACGGAUCCUGGGCUGUGGGGUGUAAUGGACUUUGCAUGGGGUGUGCUUUUGAAUGCGAUGACAUUA